AAUGUCUUCUCCUUGUUUAGAGAAGAUACAGCAGUUCCUAAGAGGUUGGACUCUGUUACUGGUCGGCCAUGGCAGGCUAAGAAAUAAUGCUUUUUUUGCAUGAUUUUCUGUUUCUGUUCCAGACUGGAGUGAGCAGAAAACCUUCCUUCUGGAAACGGCCUUGCCUUUUCUAGACCAAGGGCUGAUCCCUGGGCCAUCAGCCAAAAAGGUUCAUUCCUGCAUCAAGAGCCACGUCUUCCCCUUUGCCAAUAAAGAAUUUUUUGAGAAGACGGAGGAGCCGCAAUGACUCGGCCACCGAGACACCACGAGAAUGGGGCCUGUUCCUGCCACCCCUCUCCUGUGCAGAGUGUUCACCAGACUCUGGAUGAGAUGGAUUUUGAGAGAGGGAUCUGGAAUCCUGCAUUGAAUGGAGACCUAGAAGGGGUCAAGAGACACAUCCUUAGCCGUGGGAAACCUAAUGAGCCAGACCCUUUUGGAUACACAGCUUUGCACCCCCCUCCAUCGAGCAGCUUACUGUGGCCACACCGCAAUAGCCAAGCUGCUGCUGGGCCACGGAGCUGAUCCAGCUGCCAUGGAUGACGAUGGGAAGACCAGCCUCCAUAAGGUAAGUGAGGAACGGCCUGAAGAGAAAGUCGGCUGUUUUGCAGCACGCACGAGAGGGACAGCCUGGGAGCCUGAACGUUGGCGCUCUGGUCCGGCUGCGCCCUGGUGGGAAUCGGUGGAAAGAGAGAAGCAGAAAGCGGAAGACGAGAAGAAGAAGAAGCUUGAGGCCCUCAAUAAUGCCAGGUUGAAGAUAGACACCCUGGAAGACUUGGCGGCCAUUGUCAAGCAUCACAAGCAGAAGAAGAAAAAGUGUAAGAAAGUGGUCCUCCCCAAACCGCAGGAGCCGGAAAUUAUUGUGAGUAUUCUGGAGGGUUUCUCAAAUGUGCAGAACCUUGAUAGGGCAUCUUCAGCAUGGUUGAGAAGGAGUCAGGCUGCCCUGAAAGAUCCAAGUGUCCAUGAAAUUAGAUCUGGCCUUGAAGGUGAUGGGAACAAUCCUUCACCAACCAGCAAAGAUUCCCAGUGUUUGAUUAAUUGUUUCAAAUGCACAGCCCUGCAUCGAGCCUGUUUGCGGGGACACAAAGAGAUCGUGGACAAGUUGCUGGAAGCAGGGGCCAAAGUCGAGCCAAGAGACAUGCUGGAGGCAACCCCCUUGUUCUGGGCCUGCCGCGGGGGACAUCUGGAAAUCCUCAAGGCGCUGAUCAGCCGUGGAGCCAAGAUUUCUACCCGGGACAAGCUAUGGAGCACACCCCUGCAUGUGGCGGUCCGUACCGGCCACUCUGACUGCGCUGAGCAUCUCAUUGCCUGUGGAGCGAAAAUCAACGCCCAGGAUAAGGAAGGAGAUACACCCAUUCACGAUGCGGUCAGACUAGGACGAUUCCAGGCGGUAAAGACCUUGUUGAUGUACGGGGCAAAUCUUAACAUCCAGAAUGAGGAGGCAGUCACUCCCGUAGACCUGGUGAAGGACUGGCAGACGGGGAUCCGGGAGACGCUUCAAAUGUGCGCCAACCGGCAGCAAGGCCUAACCAGGAGCUGCUGAAUGUGUGUGGUGGUGGUGGUGGGGGCUACCUUGAAUAAUCGGGUGUUGACUCUAUAAGCUGGCAGCCCCCCUUUUUUUCCACUCCACUACCCUGCGACCAACUCACCAUCCUUGUCCCUCUUUUGCACCAAACUCUGCAUGUCUGCCUUUCCUCUUCAGCAACAGAAAUUGUGGGGAGGGGUUUCUUGCAUCCCCAGCUGAUACGGGGGGAGCCAGAUGGGCUCUAAGGACCUCCUGCAGCUUUUUCUCUCUCAAGAGACUUUUUGUGAGCAAAGCUGGUCAGGGGACGGGCCUUUGCAUGCCUGCAUUCCUCCAGACUACCCACAGAGGGCAGCCUGGUGGGGCUUUGAGCAAGGCGAGUCUCCAAGCAGCUCUGCCUUCCAGCCUCCAAACUCCAGGGGGCUUAAGCAUCCCAGGAGCCUGGGGGCUGCAAGGAGAAAGGCCAGAGAUGAGGAUAUGUGAGGCUCCCCUGGCCAACUCCAGAUGGCCAAAACGGGCUGGAUCCAAGGAGCUAGCAGUGAGGGAUGUCAGUUUUAAGGGAACUAGCCAAUGGCAGAGAGCCAGGUGCUGCAGCUGGCUCUCUGCUCCAAGGGUCAGUCCCACUGGCCCAACUGCUCCCUGGAUCUGUGGAGGAGCAAGCCCGACUUUUAGGGGAAGCUGAGGUCGAGCUGUCGCUUAGGCAGAGGAAGAUAUUUCUCUCUCUGGGCACACUUGAAAAUAUAUAUGCUGAACAAAACUCCGCAUUGGUGACAAGAAAGGCAUCUGGCCAUUCAAACACUCUGCUAGCUCCAUUCACUUGCACGAGGGAUUAGGGGGUCGUUCAAUGAAGAUGAUCUGUCCUCACUUCAAACCACAGUGGUGUUCUCUUGGCAGGCAGCUCUCCUGGAAGGGGCAUCUUGUCACAGCCCUCCCUGAUGCUGAGGUUGAGGGCUGGGCGAUGUUCUUCCAGAGGUGGAGAGGCCCUCCGGCCACUAGAGGGAGGCCAAGUUGAAAUCCUCUUGAGCUUGUUACCCCAAAUGAUGAAACUCUUCUUGAAUGAGUCAAAUAUCCCCUGGUGAAGAUAACGAGAGGAUCCACCUUCCUUUUUGGUCCCUCUCUUCAGUUGGUGAAGCCACCAGCAGCUGGAAUGAGCCAACCUGCCACGGCCAACUCGCCAUAGGACAACUCGCUUGGGGACAAUUCAAUUUAUUGAAGAUAGCUUUCAGAAAUCAUUUUAAUUUUUGCCAUUCAUAUUUCAUUUUGUCCUUCCUUUGGCAUCCUUUCUUUUAAUGAUCCUAUUCCACUAUUUCAGGGCUCUCAAACUCAAGGCCCAGGGGCCAGAUCCGACCCACGGAUGUGGUUAGAUCUGACCCGUGAGGCUUUCCUGGAAAUAGUGAAGGACUGGCCCCUAGUGCCUGCGCUCCAGCCUAGGUCAGCCGGGUACUGAUCUAAAACUUGGUGCCAACCCAUCUGGGCUGGAAUGCAGUCAGCCUUAAAUCCGUGGGGCCAAACUGACGUCAGUGAGCGGCUGCCACUGUCCCCUGGGGACACAUUGGAGACAAUGGAUCCCCUCAGCCCCACAGGCAUCCCCGACACAACAUCAAGCUGGCCACAACCACCCUGUUGGCUGCAAACACCCGGCCAUGAUCACCCCAUCCAUGCCCCCCACCCCACGGUCAACCACAACCUUGAUGCAGCCCUCAAUGAAAUAG